AUGGCGGCUCGCGCAAAGCACCUACCUCCCAAGAGGCGGAGGUUUGAUCGGUCCAAUCCCGCUUCCAACGAGGGCACGCCAGACGAAGUUCUGACUAUAGAGGCUGUCGACCUUCUCGAGAAAUCCAAAGCCCAACUCGAAGAACGAAAGACGUACAAGCAUCCGGAAGCGCAGACCGAGCUCGAACUCGAAAUCGUGGAGCUCUCCUCUACUGGCGACGGAUUAGCAUACUCUCCCGACAAGAACCACAUCUAUGCUGUCCCAUUCUCCGUUCAAGGAGACAAAGUCCUGGCAAAGACAUAUCCUCAAAAACCGCAUCCAUUGUUCACUCAUGUAGACUUCAUCAAAGUUCUCAAACCGUCGCCGAAGCGGGAAGGCGUCACCCCGGGCUGCAAAUACUUUACGACCUGCUCAGGAUGUCAGCUACAAAUGAUCCCUUACGAGGAUCAGCUCCAACACAAAAAGACCAUAGUGGAGAAAGCUUUCAAGAACUUCUCGAACCUUGACCCUUCGGUGAUUCCCCCUGUAGGCGACACCAUAGGAUCACCACUACAGUACGGAUACAGGACGAAACUCACACCACACUACGACCGCCCCAAAAGAGUGGACGCACAAAAAGACGGCGACAAGCCACCACCAGUCGGGUUCUCCAAGAAGAAUGUGCGAGUCGUAUUAGAUAUUGAACAAUGUCCCAUCGGCACGCCGAUCCUAAACAAAGGUCUGGAGAUCGAGCGCGCGAAAGUAGCCGAGACGUACAAAACCCGCAAGUCCGGCGCAACCAUUCUCCUCCGCGAGUCGACGCAGCGCAGAUCCGUCUCCCCUUUAUCAGCACCGGAACCAGCGCAGGAGCAGGAGCAAGAGCAGCCAACGGACUCGGCCAAGUCAUCGACACCGCCACAAGCUGCUGAAGCAAACGGCAACAACAGCGACAUCAACGGAAUCACAGUCCCCGUCCCGACACCACUCUCGAUACAACAUCGCUCCACCUCCGCCACCAAACCGCAAAUCGUCUACACAUACCCAACCUACAAGGACAUCAAGACCUACACAUCCGACAGCAACUCCUUCACAACCGAAUACAUCGCGGACUGGACCUUCGUGUCUCGCGCCAACUCAUUCUUCCAGAACAACAACUCCAUCCUGCCCACAUUCAUCAAAUACGUGCGCGACAACUGUCUGCCCAGAAACACCCAAGGCCCACCGAUAAAGUAUCUGUUGGACGCGUACUGCGGGUCCGGCCUGUUCGCAAUCGGCCUCAGUCCCCUGUUUAGUUCAGUACUAGGCAUCGACAUCGAUGCCGCGGGCGUGGAAGCGGCAAGAGAGAACGCGAAACUCAACGGCCUUACCAAUGCGGGCUUUAUCGCUGCCGACGCGGACGUGUUGUUCAAGGACGUUCCGUUUCCCUCGGACCAGAGUCUCGUGGUGAUUGAUCCGCCUAGGAAGGGCGCCAGUAUUGACUUCCUGGAGCAGUUGUGCGAGUUCGGCCCCAAGCGUGUGGUGUAUGUUAGUUGUAAUGUGCAUACCCAGGCGAGAGAUGUGGGCAUGCUGGUCACGGGUCUGAGCAAGAAGUUCAGGUAUGAGAUAGAGGGUCUGCGCGGGUUCGAUUUCUUCCCGCAGACGGGGCAUGUCGAGGGCGUUUGCUUCCUCAAUCGCGUCGAAUCUAAGACAGGAAAUGGGGCUUGA